AUGGCUUUGCUAUUUAGAGAUGCUAUGAAAAGACUUUCUUACCCGACGAUAAUACUCACGUCGUCAGCUCCAUUAAACUCUGAACCCUCGAAAUACCACGGUCUUACUAUAUCCUCAAUGACAUCUCUUUCACUAAACCCCAAACCGCUGUUACAGUUCAAUUUACAACUACCGUCACAUACUUCCCGUGCACUUCGGAUGCACAAUUUGUUUGCCGUGCAUUUUUUAAGACCCGAUUAUAAAUCUAUAGAGCUAGCAAAACGAUUCAGUCAAGGUACAAGAGUAGGGGGGACUCACCCAUUUUUGGGCCUAAAAAAACUCAAAGACUAUUCACUCUUUCUUGGAUCCGAAGAGAUUGAGCUUCCAUUAUUGAAGCACGCUGAGAGGAUCUUAAUUUGUAAGACAAAAGACGCUUUCGUUGUACAAGACCACGAAAUAUGGGUGGGGGAAGUAAUUGAUAGCAUAAUAAAUUCACCUGAGGAGGAGACUGUUAUGGGAGGUUUACUUCAUUGUAAUAGACGAUUUUACAAGCUGGGGGACACAGUGAGUGGAAAGUAA